AUGACUAUUUGGAUCGACAUGGCAGCAUCGUGCCGCAUCAUGACAGUCCCCGAAGAAACUGGACAUGACGAACUAUUCUGGCGCCGAGGGCUAGUUCAGGAGGUUCUCGAUCGACGUAUGACAGUUGCGCGAGACGGAAAGUAUAUACCCAUAGUAUGGCGGGGUAUUUUUAAAUUCCGAAUUGACUUUGGUUCUUCGAAGAUAAGUAUGGCAGAUAGUCCUCGACAAUGCGUGCGUGGUGCUGGGAUCCACCACCUUCCACCACCUGCCACGGAUGCUGUUGUCUCGAGUUGGCUGCCAUACAGUCGUGCGAUAACGGCAACCCAGAUGCUAUCCGUCCUUGAACAGCACAAGUUACUGGAGCUCCAUGCGAUUAAUGAUUCAAAUAUGUUGUCUAACUUCAAGAGUGCGAGGGUCUAUGGCCCUAAAGGACAACAAAUCGAUGUCUUUUUAGCAAAAAAAAGAAGGAUCAAUCUUUAUGCGGAGAGCGACAAUCUUUGCCGUCUCACUGAAGUAGCGCUACGAAUCCAAUCCUACCGAAACAACUGCAGCAGCUGGAAGAUAGAAGAUUAUGAUGCGGGGGCCGCUGGAGUGCUGCAAAGGCUAGGAAACGGAUUAGCCACCAUUGGUGCACUGGAACGGCAUACGUCGUGCACUAUUGGCAAGCAAACGCUAGUGUUUGCCGCAAGUUAA